UCAAAGUAAAGGGCGGUUUGCUGGGUGGAAAAUAGUGCUAACCAUCCGCAGUGGCCAUGUUGAUGUUUACCUUGGUAGCGUGACUACUAAGACCAGAAUGCACAGCGUGCAUUUUCAUUAAAUAUGAAUAAGGCAUAUGGUCUAUUUUGCAACGGCUCUUUCAGAGUAAACCGGUGUAUGUGCGACCAAACAAACAGAUCAUAAUUGAGCAUCAGGAAAAUGUGUGCACAAGAAAAAGUCAUGAUGAUUUACCUGAUAUUUUUGGUGAUGUGCAAAUGUCAAUAAGCUCUACCGACGCCAAUCAAGUGCCAUUGGCUUUGCCUCAAGAUACAGCACAAUCUCCAUUUUCACUGCCUCAAGAGACAGCACAAGCUUCUUUACAGUCAACCUCUGAUCUUCAUGCAGAUGUUGUACAGGAUACAUCAGCACAAUCUCCAUUUUCACCGCCUCAAGAGACAGCACAAACUUCUUUACAGUCAACCACUGAUCUUCAUGCCGUUGGUGUACAGGAUACAUCAGCACAAUCUCCAUUUUCAUUGCCUCAAGAGACAGCACAAACUUCUUUACAGUCAACCACUGAUCUUCAUGCAGUUGGUGUACAGAAUACAUCAGCACAAUCUCCAUUUUCACCGCCUCAAGAGACAGCACAAACUUCUUUACAGUCAACCACUGAUCUUCAUGCAGUUGGUGUACAGGAUACAUCAGUGAUGCAAGAAAUUCACCUCAUUGACGAAGAUGACGAUUUCAUGUUCCAAAAUUAUCCCAAAUUAAAAGAAGUAAUUGUGCACCGCUCAAUGAUUCGCCAUGAUAUUAUUGAUGUUUUCAAAGAUCCAGAAUUCUUAAGCACAGGUUGAACAUCACAGUUAUAAAUGCAAAUGACUACCCAGAAAAAGGAGAAGGUGCAGGUGUGCUGCGUGAUGUUCUGACAAAUUUUUGGCAUGAAUUCUUUAUAUCACUUAGUGCAGGUGGAACUGAGAAAACGCCACACAUUCGACACGAUCUUCAAAAACCAGAAUGGCAAGCAAUUGCCAGAGUUUUAGUGUUUGGAUAUGAAAAAGCCAAAUAUUUUCCUGUGCAGCUGUCACAAUUCUUCAUCCUUUGCUGCUUGUUUGGUGAAGAAAGUCUGGGCAAAGAAUCUCUACUGCAAGCAUAUCGUUGUUACGUGCCAGCAGACGAUUGAGAGAUUCUAGAUAAAGUGCAGAGUCGUGAAUUAGAUCCUAACGAUGAAGACCUAUUGGAGUUUUUGUCAUCCAAUAAGUGCUAUAAAGCCCCCACUAAGGAGAACAUUGCCUCCAUAGUACUUGAACUUGCACAUCAGGAACUCAUUCAAAAGCCCAGAUACAUCACAAAUUGUUGGUCGCCAAUUUUAAAAACUCUUCAGAAUGAUGCAAACUCCAUCUUUUCAACACCACAGCAAGUUGAACAGUUAUAUGAAGAAAAACAGCCAACAGCCAAAAAGGUUAACAAGCUUUUUAUUGCUAGUGUGAGUACUGAUGCUGAACGGCAGAGCUUGGAUUUCCUAAAAAGAUAUGUGAAAUCAUUGGAAAAGAAGGCUCUUGAAAGAUUUCUGCAUUUUUUAACUGGUAGUGAUGUAUUGACAUGUGAUUCAAUUGAAAUUACAUUUACAGCCCUUCAUGGCUUUUCACGACGGUCUAUUGCCCACACAUGUGGGCCAACCCUAGAGCUACCAACAACUUAUGAAUGCUUUGCAGAACUGGCAGAAGAGUUUACAAGCACAAUGAGAGAAAGCACAUCAUGGUCAUUUGACAUUGUGUAAAGUUGUUUUUUAUUAUUUUUCACAAUAUCAAAUAGUUUUGUUUAAACAGAAAGAGAACUGACAGUUUUGAAAAAAAUGUUAAAUUCUUGAUCAAUGAGCUUAUUUUUGGCUUGCACCAUUUUACUAAAAUACAUUUGUUUCAUUUGUUAAA